AUGACUUGGGGUAACAUAGUUAAAAUAGCAAUGGCAAGUAAUACCACCUUUCCUAAUACUACUGUGAUUGAUCACUUUGAAGAAACACACACGCACCCCGAACAUGUCAUCAUCUACAACGAAGAAUUAGGGGGUCAUUUUAACAUGAGUAGAAUUAAUAAAGGAGACGGCAAUGGAGUGAUUAGAAUAAGCAGUAUUACUGAUAAUAAUUAUAUAAGAAAGAGAGAGAAUUUGUACCCUAUUUGUGUUGGACAAGUUGAUGCUGAUUAUUGCAGGAAUUUGAGUUAUCUGGCUGGAUUUUCUGCCUCUGGUUGGGGUGAUAUGGCCGACGCUGUUGCCAAUCAUAUGUUUCCAUCAGGGGAAAAUGAAGAAGGAUAUUCUGGCUAUACAGCUGCUUACUGGAAAACAUACUUACAUGAUGAGUCUAAUGCUAAUUGGGAGUGGUAUGCAUCCUGGAGAAUGUAUUACACUAAGGAUGGAAUAACUCCGGUAUGGACACAAUGUGAUGAUGGUAAGUAA